AUGUGGAUCAUCUCUGCGUCCUGGUCCAUGGCCCUCGAGGUUGAAGACACGCUCGGCUCGCUGGAGGCCCAGGGGUCCCCUUUCACAAAGCUGAGCAUCGUCGGAUACUCGCUAGGUGGCCUUGUGGCUAGAUAUGCUAUUGGUUUGCUGUAUUCGAGGGGAUGGUUCGACAAACUCGAGCCCGUCAACUUCACCACGUUCGCGUCACCGCAUGUUGUAGUACGAAUGCCCUGGGACGGCCUUUACAGUUAUCUUUGGAAUUCUCUAGGUCCCCGGUCAAUCUCCAUGUCGGGAAAACAGCUGUUUCUUGUAGGUUCAUUUCUGGAUUCCGGGAAGCCACUACUCAGCAUCCUAGCCGAUCCGGACAGCGUCUUCGUACGAGCGCUGGCUAGGUUCAAGCAUCGCUGUGUCUAUGCGAACAUUGUUAACGACCGAUCGACCGUCUUCUAUACCACUGCCAUCUCGAUUAUCGAUCCAUUCCAGCAAGACCUAGAAUAUACCCCCAUCAACUACGUGGACGGCUAUGAGCGCGUCGUCAUUGACUCCAAUGUGUAUACACUACGACUCUCAAAGGCUCAAAAACAGCUACCUUUUAUCUCCCAAAUCUGGCAGCAAAUCGAGCAAGUCGCCAUCAACCUACCGGUCUCGCUUUUUGUCGUCGUCUUGAUCACCGUUGUGCUUCCCUUUUUCCUCGUGAAUUCUGCUAUACAGACCCUCCGCAGUCGACAGCGGAUACGGCUACAUGAGGAAGGAAAGAGCGGUGCCCCCUUUGCGCAAUACAGGAUUCCUCUCCUAGUCAAGGAUGUACAACACGCUGUAGAAGAUGUAUUUGAAGAUAUCAGGGAACUACAAAUCAAACAGCGGACAUCUGCAAAAAACACCACGACUGUCAAGGACAAGACAAAUGCAUUCGUCGAGACAAGCCCAAUAGAAACGCAAUCCCAGGGUCUGAGCACCGACAAUCGAUAUCCUGCACUUACUCUCACGCCGACUCAGAUAUCCAUCAUCGAGUCCCUCAAUUCCGUCGGCUUCCGCAAGUACCCCGUCUACAUCCACAACCACCGUCAUAGCCAUGCCGCUAUCAUCAGGCGGGUGCCUAAGAAAGGAUUCGACGAGGCCCGGAUUGUGAUUAAACAUUGGCUCGACCAAGAAUUCGAAAUCUAA